AUGGGCGCGCCCUCAGACCACGACCUGCUGCCACAUGCAUCCAUAUCGGCGUCCGCACUCUCCUGCAUCGCCGGCUCACUGGCCAGCGGCGCGGGCGGCGGCGUGCAGCUGAGGCUCAGCUUUUCGACAACGUCCACCUUCCAGCUGGCGGCGCUGCUGCAGCCCGCUGACCCGCUCCUGUCUGCAGCGGCCACGGCGCAGCCGCACAGCGGCGGCGAGGUUGCACGGGUGACGUGCGCGCUGGUCCAUGAUGUGGGCAGUGACGGCGGUGCCGAGGGUGUGGGGGACCGGGUGGUGCUGGAGAGCGCAGGCGGCGGGGACCAGGCGCUGUCAGCCCGGCUGGCGGCAGGGCUGGAGACACAGGGGGCGGCGCGCAUCUCAGAGGUCAUCGCGCUCAGCCUCUGCGCCGCGCCGGCGUCGGGCACACGUGCAGCGCCCAUGCUUCUGGGCCGCAUCGCCCUGCCAGGCUGUGGCGUGCUCAUCACGCCCUUGUUUACAAAGCGCCUGUGCUCGACGCCGCUGGCGGAGGCUCUCCUGCGGCCGGGGCGCAUGGCCCCCGGAUCCACGGGGUUCCUGUCCUUGGACCAGGCCCGCAGCCUGGUGCCACUGGAGGCGGCUGAUGAGAACGUGCACACGACGCCGCUGGUGGGCAUGUGGGUCAAGGGCCCCGACUCACCGCUGCACCCCCUGGUGGCCGCUGCCUGCCUCAAGUACUACUACGCCUCCACCCUGCUGGACAGGGCGCACCAGGAGGACGGCAGCUUCCUGCUGCUACUGUGCCCGGAAGGCCAGCCCGUCAGCCGCUGCUAUGAGGUGCGCUCCACGGAGCCCGGCCGCCUGCCGCUGACCACCUACUCCUUGGCGGCCGACCUGGAGCCGGCGCGCCAGCUCGAGCGCCACCCCAGCGGCCUCGUGCCCCUCGGAUGGGCGGCGGACGCACGCUGCCCGCCGCCGCUGUCGCUGCCGCCCCAUCACCACCAGCAGCUCAGUGCCGCCAGCACUGACAUGCGGCGCUCGCAGCCGUCGCCUGGAGGUGACGCCAUUGGUGGCAGCAGGGGCAUGACAGCGGUGCGGCCGUCGUCGGGGCCCCCCACGCUGCCCUGGUAUGAAGGACGCGGGGGCGGCGGCAGCCCCGUUACACUGCACGGCUUGUCCCAGCCGCUGCAGCAAGGGGCGGACGCCGCGGGGCCGGCCGGCCUGAGCCGCUGA